AUGGAUCCGAAUGAUGAAUACCAAACGCCUUUCAAUUCGCGUUACUGCACAAGUGCAAUGAAGCAACUUUGGUCUCCAAGAACGAGAUUUUCGACUUGGCGCCAACUAUGGGUUUGGCUUGCUGAGAGCGAGAAGGAACUUGGUUUGACUCAAGUGACGGAUAAGGCAAUCUCCCAAAUGAAGGAGCAUGUCACCGUUCAAGAUGAUGAGUUCGAGGUCGUUGCUCAAGAGGAAAAGCGACGACGUCAUGAUGUUAUGGCUCACUGCCACGGGUUUGGGUUGAAGGCGCCUGCUGCUGAGGGUAUCAUUCACUUAGGUGCAACAUCCUGUUAUGUUACCGACAACGCGGACUUGAUCUUUCUCAAGAGAGGUCUAGAUCUACUCCUCGACCAGCUUGCGAAUGUCAUAAAAAAGCUUGCGAAAUUUGCGUUGGAAUAUAGAGAUCUACCUUGUCUCGGCUUCACUCACUUGCAGCCGGCAAUGCCCACAACGGUCGGAAAACGAGCUUGCCUAUGGAUACAAGAUUUCCUCAUGGACCUUCGCAACAUCGAAAGAGCCAGAUCAGAUCUCCGCUUUCGGGGCGUCAAAGGAGCAACAGGGACACAAGCCACAUUCCUGAAGCUCUUCAAAGGCGAUCAUGGUAAGGUCGAAGCUUUGGACGAGUUGGUGACUAAGAAAGCUGGUUUUUCUUUCGUGUUCACAAUCACUUCGCAGACAUACUCCCGAAAAAUUGACCUCGAGACUUUGGCCGCUCUAGGGUCCUUGGGAGCGACCUGUCUCAAGAUAGGAAAGGAUGUUCGAUUGUUAGCAUCCUUCAAAGAAAUGGAAGAACCGUUUGAAGCGGAUCAGAUCGGGAGCUCCGCAAUGCCAUUCAAACGCAACCCCAUGAGAUUCGAACGCCUCUGCUCCUUGGCACGAAAAUUGAAGAACCUACCGAAUGACGCCGCUGACACAUAUUCUGAUCAAUGGCUAGAAAGAACCCUGGACGAUUCAGCGAUACGCCGCAUAUCAAUUCCUGAAGCCUUCUUGGCUGCCGAUGCAUGUCUACUUAUCCUUAACAACGUUUGUUCUGGCUUGGUGAUCUAUCCUGCCGUGAUCAGAAAACGUUUAAAUCUCGAGCUUCCCUUCAUGGCCACUGAGAAUAUCAUCAUGGCACUUUCAGAGCGAGGAAUUUCGAGAAAUGUAGCACAUGAAGAGGUCCGUAAGCUUUCCCAAGAAGCAGGGAGACUUGUGAAAGAGGAAGGUAAAGAGAACAACUUGAUCGAGGAGGUAAGGAAAAAUGAAUUUUUCAAGCCGAUCUGGGAGCAAUUAGAUGAUUUGACAACCCCAAGCACGUUCAUUGGAAGAGCGCCGCAGCAGGUGGAGAAGUUUUGUAGAGAAGAAGUCAAUUCAGCACUCAAAUCGUACUCUGAGGUGCUGAGUGGGAAUGAAAAGGCGGAGCUGCAUGUUUAG